CUUAUAAGAAGCAGAAAAGCAGAAAGGCCGGAUUUAAGGAAUGGGAACAUGAAUGUAAGGUUUGUGAAGAAUGUGAUCAUCACUCACAUCUGUAUUGUAAGAAAAUUCGUGAUCAAAAAAUUUGUGUAACCCUGAUCAUUCCUCGAGGGAGUGAAGGUUACACCUACAGAUCACACAGCCUGCAUUUUCUCUAUCAAGUACAAAAACGUGAUCUAUUCGCAGAAUAUUGUUUCGAGAUGACAAGUUCUGAAUGGCAUAGGUAUUUCGAUGAAAAUGAUGCUAGUACUUGGAGUAUCUAUGGGUUUCAUGAAGAAUGGAUACAUGACGUGAAGAAUCAGGCAACUUCUAGCAAACAAGGCAAGUAUAUUAUUAUGGAGAAACCAACUGUUUGCUGGUCCUCCGAAUGCCUUCUUGGAGGUAUGGCAACAAAGGCCAAUGCUAAGAGAAAUCAACUGUUUGCUGAUCCUCCGAAUGCCUGUUUGGAUAAUCUUGAGCAAUUGACGCGUACGAAAUUAAAUUGCGAACAGAUUGAUAAUGUCACAAGAUUCUCAUCUGCUUUAACUGGUGCUGCAGUAGAGAACUUAAGUAACGUUAUGUUAGAGUCGACAUCAGUCAUACCGAAGGGAGCAAGAACACCACCUCCUCCGAAUAAAGAAGAGUCUAAAAGGCCGAAAAGACAAUCCACCGAAUCAAAUGAUUUUGACGAUAACGUGAUUGAAGAUGCACAAGAGUAUAACCCUACCAACUUUGAUAUUGUAUAUCAUAAACUAGACCUGACAAAGAUUGAAGACAAAAGUGAAUUGGAUGAUUUACUUAUUUCUGAAAUUUUUGAAGAUUAUUCUCCGCUGAAAUAUGAAUCAUAUCAAGAUGAAAAAGAGGAAGUAACAAUUGAUGAUCAAUUUGCAUGGAUUUUAUUAUGGAUAAUAAACUUUCGAAUUAGGUUCAACAUACCAGAGACUGCAACUGAGUCUCUUAUAAAAUUUAUGAAAUUA